AUGUUAGAGAUGGAUUCUAUGGAGGAGUCCAAGGUGGCCGCGACGGAUUCGUCCGCAGAGACACGGUCGUCGACGGAAUUGGUCAACGCCUCAGGCCAUCGCCAAGAAGUCGAGCGGAAUUUCAGCCUGAUCAGCAUCUGUGCCGUCGCCGUCACCACGGGAAACACAUGGAUUGCCCAAGGAGGGAGUAUAACGACCGCAUUGAGCAAUGGAGGGCUAUCUGGGGUCAUGUACGAGUUCAUCGCCGUGUCGAUAUGCUAUUGGCUGGUCGCUGCGUCGAUCGCCGAGCUUGCAUCGGGGAUGCCUUCGUCAAGUGGAGUCUACCACUGGGCUUCCAUCACGGCUGGUAAAUGGGGACGGGUGUGUGGUUUCUUCGCGGGGUUCUGGAACUGCCUGGCUUGGAUCUUGGGUGCCGCGUCUAUGUCGUCCAUCCUGGGCCAGCAGACCGUCUCCAUGUAUGCACUGAUGCAUCCUGGCUUCGAACCCGAGCAGUGGCACAUCUUUGUCAGCUUCAUCCUCUGUACCUGGAUGUGCUGCUGUAUCGUGCUGUUCUGCAACCGCAUCCUCCCGUAUAUCGGCAAUAUGGGUGGAUUCUUCAUCCUGGCCGGUGUGUUCAUCGCCAUCGUCGUCUGCGCCGUCAUGCCCCACGUCAACGGUACGGGCUACGCCUCCGAUAAGGACGUAUGGCGUACCUGGGAAAAUGGGACGGGAUAUUCGAGCCAGGGUUUCGUCUUCGUCGCUGGCAUGCUCAACGGCGCUUACAGUGUGGGCACCCCCGACUGCUCCACGCAUUUGGCCGAGGAGAUCCCCCAUCCGAGCCGCAACAUCCCCAAGGCCGUCCUCGCUCAGAUGAGCACGGGUUUCAUAACCGGCAUCCUGUACAUGGUGGCCAUCUUCUACGCGAUCAGCGAUCUGCCGAGCGUUAUCGACAGCGUCUACGGCUUCCCCCUGGCAGAGAUCUACCACCAAGCCACCGGCUCUCGCGGCGGUGCUCUCGGACUCCUGAUCGUCACCUUCAUCCCAACCGUCAUCACCUGCGCCGGCUGCUACAUCACCGCCGGCCGCACCCUCUGGACCAUCUCCCGCGACCGCGUCACCCCGGGCUCCCGCUGGCUCAGCCGCAUCAACAGCCGCAUGCACAACCCCUUCAACGCCACCGUCGUCUGCGGCGUGAUCGUCACCAUCCUGGCCUGCAUCUACGUCGGGUCGGAGACCGCAUUCAACGCCUUCGUCGGCGCCUUCGUCCAGCUCUCCAGUCUGUCCUAUUUCACCGCCAUCUUCCCGCACAUUCUCACCCGUCGCUCGUCUUUCGUCCCGGGCCACUUCUGGAUGGGCCGCGUCGGCUACGCCGUAAACAUCCUGAGCUGCACCUACAUCCUGGCCUUUGUGGUCAUCUUCUGCUUCCCCUACGCCCUGCCCACGGACGCCGCCACCAUGAACUAUACGAGUCUGAUCACCGGCGGCUUGACCAUCUUCGUUGCUGUCUGGUGGCUCAUCCGCAUGAGAACCUACGAGGGGCCCAAAUUCGUCCCGCUGACAGACAAGGUCCUGAUCGCGGAUGCCAAAUAG